UAUUUUUUUGUAAUUUGCUAAACAAAGUAUGAUGCCACUAUUUAGAUCUCCAUGUCUAUAUAAAUAGUACCAUCUUUUCAUACAUAUUUUCAGGUUUUUGUAUACAUUUCACACGGUUUUAAAACAUGCAGCAUCACGCGGGCACCUUUGCUAGUUACAUAUAAAACUGUACCGGUAAUGUUAUUUGCCAUCUCCAGCAAAAAAAGAUAAAUGUUAUUUCCUAUCACAAACACAAAGUAUCAUUAUUUUUACAUAUAUUAUUAAUACACAAACAAUGGUUUCAUUGAAUCACACUCUUUUUUCAGUUUGGUCUGAAAAUCACACUCUUUUGUUAGUUUCAUUCAAUCACCGGAUGCUUUGGUUAAUAUCUGGAAUGUAAGUUCACAAACUUCUCUCUCUCUCUCUCUCUCUCUCAUAACUACUACAUAUCACACUAUUGACGUGAUGAAGUGAUUGUAAGAUGGAGGCAUAUAUAUACCCUACCUCAGAAUUUCUAGUAUCCUCGUCCAAAGCAUCAAUUCUUUAUAGUCAACAGUGACAUGUACCGUUAAUUUUUCCGUUUUCUAUUUUUAUUUUUUGUUUCUCCAGGUGGUGAUAGAGGAUUUAUAAAAUCCCAUGUUACAGUUCAAUAAAUUACAGAUCAAUAGUUGAAUUGUAGGGUGAAGAUGAGCUUCAUGGCAACCUUAGGCUGCGAAAGGAAUAACUGACGAUCACAAAAUUGCUUUUUGUUUUUUGAUCUUUCACUGAGAGCAUUCCAUUUUGAUCAGGAUUAAACUUAUGCAGGAACUUUGCAAGUCAGUCUGCAAUUUGGCAACAAGAACUAAUAUUACUUGAAUAAGUUGAGCUAGUACACUCGUUGCUAUGUCCAAUUUAGCACCAAUGGCCUUCAAAAUAGUUCUCUUUGUGCCUCUAUUGGUUGCUGCCAUGGCACUUCCACUAGCCGAUGCCCAACUUGGGAAUCUCCUGCCCCCUCUUCUCGGUCUGUUUCGGAUACAAGGCACUGUAUUUUGCACUGCCAAUGGCACUGUGAGUGUCGGUGGCAUUGCUGCUACCCCAGUAUUCCCAAAUGCCACUAUCCAACUGCAGUGUGGAGCUGGAAAUGGGGUCUCUACUGUCACAGCCAAUGCGUCAGGAGUGUUUUCAAUCUUGUUGGAUCCUCUACACUUUCUUCUCUCUUCACUUUUGACUGGUUGCAGGCUUGUUGUCACCACACCACUCGCCACCUGCAACGCUAGUUUGCCACCUUCAGGAGUUCUCAUAUCUGCCUUGCAGUUCUUUGGAACCACCCUCGUCGGUGCCCUCAGUGUCAUCAAUGUCACCCCAGUCGGGUUCACCCUCCAAGUCUAAACUUAAUAACACAGCCUUAAAAAGAAUAAAAUGGUCACCACUACUGCCUCUCACUUUAUAAACUAGUGUUGCCAUUUGUAUCAUGUCAACUGACCAUAAUGUUCUGCCAUCUCUAUAGUAGAGGUAUUGCAAUAAAUUGCUCCACUGAAACGCA